CGGAUCCCCGUCGCCGUUGCCGACGAAAUCCCCCUCGCCACCAUCUCCGCCGUCGCCAUCAUCCCCACCACCGCAGCAGCAAUGUUGCCCUUCCUGCUUCUUCUACUCCUCUCUACCUCCUUCUCCGUCUCCGCCAAGCUCUCGGUCGACUACUACAACACCUCCUGCCCCCGCGUCCACCAGAUCAUCUCCGACAUCAUCACCACCAAACAGAUCAACAGCCCCACUACCGGCGCCGGCGUCCUCCGCCUCUUCUUCCACGACUGCUUCGUCUCCGGCUGCGACGCCUCCGUCCUCAUCUCCUCCAAUAACUUCAACGUCGCCGAGCGCGACGCCGACAUCAACCAUUCCCUUCCCGGCGACGCAUUCGACGCCAUCGUCCGUGCCAAGGCUUCCCUCGAGCUCCAAUGCCCCGGCAUCGUCUCCUGCGCCGAUAUCCUCGCGAUCGCCACUCGAGAUCUCGUCUCCAUGCUCGGCGGCCCCUUUUACCCCAUCCGCCUUGGCCGCAAGGACUCCUUCACCUCCACCGCCGCUUACGUUGAGUCCAAUCUCGCUCGCCCUAACACAUCUAUUGAUAAAAUCAUCCAUCUAUUCGCAUCCAAGGGUUUCACCAUCCGAGAUUUCGUCGCUCUCUCCGGCGCUCACACCGUGGGAUUCUCACAUUGCACUGAAUACGCCAACCGGAUCUUCAACUUCAAUAAUGGCGGUCCAUUCGCUUAUGAUCCGACCAUGAAUCCUCGUUUCGCCCAGGCUUUGCAGAAGGCAUGUGCGAAUUACCUCAAGGAUCCCACCAUCGCGACAUUCAACGACAUCAUGACGCCGGGUAAGUUCGAUAACUUGUAUUACCAAAAUCUGCUGAGGGGAUUAGGGCUUCUCGCCACGGAUCAGAAGUUAGCAUCGGAUCCGCGGACGGCGCCAUUGGUGAAGCUUUAUGCUGAAAACCAGAACGUAUUCUUCGAGGACUUUGCUCACUCGAUGCAAAAGCUCAGUAUCUAUGGUGUCAAGACCGGAAGGAACGGUGAGGUUCGCCGGAGGUGCGAUGCUUUCAAUAACCUCUCAGGUUAGGCAAUCGUGCUCUUUGUCAUAGAUUGGGCUACAGAAAAUUGGAGAAAAUGUGAAUGCAUUCUUAAUUAACGAAUUUGGGCGUACUGUGAUUUGAACUUUGUGCUGUCUAUUUAUGCUUUAUUUAUUUUUUUAAGUUUUUUAUUGUAAUAUGUUACUGGUUUUCUGAACAAAAGGGGAGAAUCAGAAGAUAGAGACAGAGAAAAAGAAAGUGAUUGAGAGAAAAGAAGAUGGAAUGAAGCUAAUGUUUUUUUCUUUUUUUUUUUCCUAUUUCCAUUAUAAAUAUAUAAGCUUUAUGCCCCAUUUUUAUCAUCUGUUGGUCUGCAUGGUCAAUGGCUAAUUCAUGUGUUUAUUAUAAUUUAC